AUGGCCUCGACCAUCUCGGAACUGGCCCGAGAACUUGGCCGCGGUUGCGUCUCCGGGUGGGCGGAAGCAGUCGGCGCCACUGCGGCCGUGCUUGUGUCAUUACUCGGCCCUCCGUCAGCCGCUGCCGGCGUUAUUGAGUGGGAACAGCCCAUGUUGUUCGACGAGGAACUCUCUCGGCCCAUCGAAACCAAGCAGCUAACCGCCCAAUAUAGUUUUCAGGGGCCCAUCGAUCAAGGAAAAUCCGUGCCUUUAGACUUCAGACAGUCCACGACUUGGAACGAGGAUAACAAGGGCGGCAGCGGCGGUAUCCACCCCAGGGGCAUUUCUCGACGUGUCGUGGCCUCUUUGUUGUCGAUUUCAGAUUCGUCACGUCCUUCCGAAGACGGCACCGGGAACUAG